AUGCCACCAGUCCCAGCACCAGAAAAGAAGCCAGCCGAGCCCAAACCUCAACAAAGUCGAGCAAAACCUGAGGCCGGCACAAGCAGUGGGAGAAAGAGGAGAGGGGACUCCUUGGACGUCUGGCCGAGGAAGACCCGCAUCGUCAGUGCACAACACAUUGAGGAAAGCAGCGAUGAGGAGACGCCCACGCCGAAGCCCAAUUCACGAAACUCGGGCAACACUGCCAAGCCGAGGUCGAAACAACAGCCAGUUGUUGAGAUAACAGUAAAGCCCAGGUCCAAAGUGACACCUUGGGUUAGCCCAGAGACAGCUACAAAGGCGGCACUAAAGGCCCAGGCAUCAGCAGAGAAGCUUGAAAAGCAGAAUGCAGCCAUUAAAACGGGAGAAUACAAGCUUGCCAUUAAGCCCUGCAUAGCCUGCAGUAAACGAAAGGACAAAGAGACCGUCCCAUGCGCAGAGAGCACCAGUGGUGUGCUCGCUGCCUGUUUCACUUGCAACACAGGCAAGACGAAAUGCAGCAAGGCAGGGGGGAAUUCGAAGAAGAAGACUGAGGGAGAGGAGGCAGAGGAAGUGAAGAUCGUGGUCAAGAAAACCAAGAAGCGCAAGGCAAAGAAGGAUGAAGAAGCCGAGGACGGGGGAGAGAAGGGAAAGAAGAAAGCCAAGAAAUCGAAGGCUAAGAAGUCGGAACGAAUGGCAGAGGGAGCUGAGGACGGGGGAGAGGAGGAAAGUGUGGUUGUCGUUCGAAGACCCAAGACAAAGGCAACAAAGCAGGAUGUAGAAAUGGCCGAGGUUUCUGAGGGAGAGUCCUUCAAUUUCAAGUCUAUAAAGGAGGAGGAUUCAGAGAUGGUGGACAUGACCUCGGGUGUGGACGCCGAGGUCGGUACUUCUUCCCGACCUGACAAAGGCAAGGCACAGGCAACUCCAGCCAUCGUCAUUGAACGACCAACACCAACACCCCCAGUUCAACCCAAGUUGAGUCUGGCCAUGGAUGAAAUGCCCACCGUGCCCGAUGUCGGCCAAUCAUCAGGUAAGAGUUUAUCAAAUCAGUUUUUCCUUACUAACCAGCCUAGCUUCCCUCAUGCCCAACCUUGGGUAAUCAUUAGCAACAGGGAUCAUGCCCAACCUCAGGCAAUCAUCAGUUUUUCUUUUCUAACCAAGCUAGAUUUUGCUGCAACGCCCAUCAUGCCCGACCUCGGGCAAUCAUCAGGUAAUGCUGCGAUGCCCAUUGUGCCCAACCUCAGCCAAUUGUCAGCUCCUGCCAAUGACAUGGUGGGGAUCUUAGUCAAUAGCACUCCGGCCUUGGUCGACAUCUUCCCUUCCCAGCCUGAGCAGUCAGUUUCGAACUCGCACCGUGUCAGUCCCCCUCACGUUCAAGAACUUCAUCCAAUGUACAUCAAGAAGGUGGAUUUCAGGUCCCACACUCUGCCACCGGCAUUCGACAUGCAUGCGAUCCAGCAUGAGAUCAGGAGACUCAGUCAAGAUCAGACCGACAUUCAAAACACUCUCCGCAAACAACAGGCUCAGCUGAUCAUCGUGUCAGAGCAUACCGGCAUUGACCCGAGUGCUCUUCUCCCCCCAUUCGUGAACUCCACAUCACUCAGCCAAUGUCUGGCCUCCCUGGAGGAAAUGACCCAGAGACUUCAAGAGGUUGAAUCCGCUGGCGAUCAUCUUGCUGAACAAGUCAAAACUUUGGAAACAUUGUCGUGGUUCAAGGAGGAAAGAAGAAGCAAUGCAUACACCGCGAGGAUGGACCGAUUUGAAGACCUUCACCAAGCACGGUGGAAGGAUGCCGAAGCCAGGCUCCAAGACCAUCAGAUGGACUUGUGCACGAUAAGGGUUCAGCACAAAGCUUUUGAGGGGGAGGUCAGGAAUAUGAUGAAGGUCACACCGGCUGCAUUGCAAGAACAAGUUGCGAAGUCUAUGGCCGAACUUACAAACCGAGUCCACCAGGCUGAGCAAGCACAGGAGACUCUGACUACGUCCUAUAGCGCACUUACCAAGGGUCAGAUAAAACUUGGUAACCAACAAACAAUCAUGGAACAAAUUGUCCUCAAUCAUUUCGGCCACAAAAUCAUGACCGAUGCCCAGAUCGAUGCGACCAAGGGGACGGCUGAUAUCGGCAUCAACACGAUGAAGGGUACUGUGGAUAUUGGCAUCAACACCGAUAAAUCAGCAGAGGAAUUGGUCCAAGCAUCGAGCCCGGCCCCAAUCCAGUCAGCAGCUCCUCUGACGCCGGCGCAAGCUUUGAGCCCGGCUCCAAUUCAAUCAGCAGCUGUGCAAGCUUCGAGCCCGCCUCCAAUUCAACCCACAGCUCCUUCAAAUCUGGUUCAAGCUGAGAGCCCGGCCCCAAUCUAUUUGGCUCCAAAGCCAGUUCGUGCAACACACCGCGGCAGAUCACCCUCUCCCUUCACAGUUGGCACCAGGAGGUCUCCUCGGCUGAUAGCUUCAUCUGAUGAUCAUCCUUCAACUCCCACUAAUGAAGACCUGCAAUAA